CCUCGACAGGGAAUAAAGAACUGGAAUAUGCCCUCCGUCCAGCCUCAUCUCUCUAGAACUUACACGUCUGGUCUGCCUCACUCAUGACACCAGGAAUUAUGGCCGCGUCUUCCUCCAACGGCGCCGCACUCAAUGGCAGCCAGAAGUAUCGCAGGAUAACUUCUCAGCCCGAGAAUCCGUUUGCUAGCUUUAUACCCGACCAGUCCUUGGCCAUUGUCCCCGAAUUCACCCUUGAAUCUGGUGUUGUCCUCUACAAUGUUCCCGUCGCGUACAAAACCUUCGGAGCCCUGUCCCCACAGAGAGACAAUGCUAUGGUUAUUUGCCAUGCCCUUACAGGAAGUGCGGAUGUGGGUGACUGGUGGGGUCCUUUACUAGGAGGCCCGGGGAAGGCGUUUGACACCUCGAGAUUCUUCGUCGUAUGCAUAAACAGCCUGGGAAGUCCGUACGGGAGCGCAAGCCCCGUCACGGCGAAGGAUGGAGAUACCGCGAAAGGGCUAUACGGCCCAGAGUUCCCGCUCACUACUGUGAGGGACGAUGUCAAUAUCUUCAAGCUUAUACUCGAUGAUCUCGGAGUUCGACAAAUUGCUGCUGUCAUUGGAGGGUCCAUGGGAGGCAUGCUUGUCUUGGAGUUUGCAUACUUUGGCAAAGACUACGUCCGGUGUAUCAUACCUAUCGCAACCUCAGCGCGGUACAGCGCGUGGGGUAUAAGCUGGGGCGAGGCGCAAAGACAAAGCAUUUACUGCGACCCAAAAUACGACGAUGGAUACUAUACAUUCGAGGACCCUCCAUCAACCGGACUAGGGGCUGCACGCAUGUCGGCACUACUCACCUAUCGCAGUCGUGACUCUUUCGAAUCACGGUUUGGACGGAAUACUCCUGAUCCCUCAAAGAGGCAAAAUAUAAACGGCGGCCAAAGGCCAUCUACACCAUCUCAAGAAGCUUGGGCUAUCCACAAUGACGGACACAAGAACGCACGAUCUCCACGGCCCUCGCGAGUCACCAGCUCCGCAAGCAUAGCCACUAGUAUCCCCAAUGCCGCCUCAGCUCAUUCCAAUCUUGAAUUUCACAACCCAUCCACCUCAGCAACCAUCGAGAAGUCGAACGAUGCUCUCAACGAGAGUGCCAAAGGGAACGUCUCCGAACGAGCGAAAAAACAAACGCCAACUUACUUCUCUGCCCAGUCCUACCUCCGCUAUCAGGGCGAGAAAUUCAUCAAACGCUUCGACGCAAAUUGCUACAUCGCCAUAACGCGCAAGCUCGACACUCACGAUGUCUCACGACACCGAUAUCCCGAGGGCUGCACUCCCCAUGACACCCAUCCCGUAACGGCCUUGCAUCACGCUCUGUCACUAGUCUCGCAGCCGACACUCAUAUUGGGCAUACAAUCCGAUGGCCUCUUCACAUUCGCUGAGCAGCAAGAGCUAGCUGCGCAUAUCCCAAAUGCCGCUUUGAAAACAAUUGACUCGCCUGAAGGCCAUGACGCCUUUUUGCUCGAAUUUGAGCAAGUCAAUACGCACUUGGUCAAGUUCUUGAACGAAACACUUCCAGAUAUAAUGAGCCGAAGUCCACAAUUGGAGGGCGUUAUUGGAGAGAGCGAUGAUGGGGCUAUGGGAGCGAAGAAGACCAGCACGUUCGGCGAGGCAGAGGUUGACGAUAUCACGGCUUGGUAACGGCUAUUUCAUGAGUGAUGGGAUCUAGAGGUUCCGGAACGUAACAUCAUGCGUGUGUGAAUAUCUAAGCGUAUUGGGGCACUUCAGACAGUGGUAGAACAGUCGCAAAAUGAGGAUAGAUGUGGGCUAGAAUAGAGGGUGGUUAUAAAGAGUAGAAGUGCAGAGGGCACCCAAUGCUAUGCCUGUGACUAUGCGGAACGGCCUCUAGGGUACUCCACACCGUACUGUAAUUCUAGUUCUAAUCUAAAGGUUCUGGAAUGUGACAUUAUAUAUAUAAAUAUUUAAGAGUAUGGGGGCACUUCAGACAGUGGUAGAACAGUUGCAAAAUAAGG